GAUUAUUAUAAACAGGAUACUGAAUGUGAUAAAGAGUGUCCACUCGCAGUUAAACAUCCGAUAGAGCGGCUCAGUAGGAAACACGACAUUGGCGGAAAAUGGUGGUCUUUAGCACUUUACUCAUGAUGGUGAUUGCCACGCCGGCUUUCGGGACACUCUACGAUUGCUUAAGGACCAAUGAUUUCAUUUUCUGGGGAUCGCGAUGUCCAAAAGUAGCCUCGAUGUCCGUCAACCAUAAGAAAGUCAGCUGCGAUUGCGCAACAGAAUUUUGCUUAGGUAUUUCUUCUUCGCACAUAAUUGAGUGCUCACAAAAUCCAGACACCUUAAAUCAAAAACUCGCAGGACCUGAUGACCCAGCCCGAAUCGAGUGUGAUACUAGCGGGAACUCAUGCUUUCUAUGCAAAAUUCCUAGAAAAGAUUUCAUCGGUUGUUCCUCGAAAUUUGAGCACCGCGCUCAAUGCAUUUGCAGACACGACCGGCGUUCACGUGACCUGGAAUGCUUGCCAAACGGGAAGUUGGUGCCUUAUGGAUCAAGUGAAAAUUCGCCUUGCAGACCUGGUUUUAUCAACAAAUAUUAUUCGAUUUGGAAGAACAAGACAUCAAAGCCAGAUGGCAGAACUUUAAGUAAACCCAGUUUAACAACAGUAGAAAUGACUACAACAAAGACAACAACGAUCUCCUCAGUCACUAAACCUAGCUCGGAAGCGCCUGAGUUGAAUAAACACACAAACACAAUAUCCCUUCAAGACGUUGAAGUUUUUAAUGAGACUGCACCUGUGCUGACAGAACGGAUUGAAGAGAGGGAUGACUUUGGCGGCUUGACUACUGUUUCUUGGGUCUUGAUAGGCACCAUUCUCUUCUUAGUGAUUUUAAUUGGUGCGAUGGCAUUUGGGCUCGUUAAAUUCAGGCAAAGACAGGGUGCAAGUGCCACGGUGGUAGUUAACAACCAAAUGGCAAUGGAGCCAAUUUAUGACGACGUUGGAAAUGUUAAUCAUAACAACGAAAAUAUAUAUUCAGUACCUUACGAAUGUUUCUAUGCCGGCAACGCAGCUAUUAAAGAUUUCAAAGAGGAAUCAGGGUAUUUGGAAGUGUUAUAAAAUUUGUACCUCAAAUAACAAUAGUUCCAUGAUUGUUAAUUUUGUCAUCCGCGCUCCGUAAUUUUUAAAACUUGUAUUUUUUUCAUCUCUUUUAUGGAAUCUAUUUUUAUGUAAUUUGUUGCAAAUUUAUGUCAAUAGGAAAAAAUUAUGUUUUAGCUUCGUCUGGUAAUAUACACCAUAUUUAAACGGUGUCAAAAAUCAUUUUAAAAAUUGAAAAAAUGUGCACUAUAUUUGUAAGCGGGAGAAAUCUUAACCAAGGAGCGUAUCCUGUUGCGGUCCAUUUAAUCACAUUGACAGGAAAAGAAACCCAAAAUAGUGACGUGCAUGUUUUAAAAUAACGUGUGAUAGAGCAGUGUAGCUAUCAAAAGCAGAAUGAGCGCUCGCAAUCGGCAAGAUGGUCACCGCUCUCCUCUUUCUCGCAUUUGCGACAUCUGUUUUUGGAACUCAAUACAAUUGCACUGGAAUGGAUGGUUUCAUUUUCUGGGGAGCACGUUGCGAGAAAGUUCACAACAAUUUCGUCUACAGAAAGCACGUUACAUGCAAUUGUGCUAAAGAAAAGUGCAACAGAGUCAACUCUUUUCACUCCUACAUGAUUUCAUGCUCGAGCCCACGUCAAAUCUUGAACUCGCACUACAGAGGACCGCAAGAAAUAGCUGAAAUCGAGUGCGAUACAAACGGAAACUCGUGCUUCCUUUGCAAAAUUCCUGGCCAGCAUUUCGACCGCUGCAUUGCCGAGUACGGGAAAAAUACAGCCUGGUGCACUUGGAAAAACAGCGAAAAUAAACUGAGGUUAGAAUGCCAGAGACACGGAAUCUUAGUUCAAGUGGAAUCCGAGAGCAGAAAUUUAAAUUGCAGCACACUGAUUGAUUCGUCCGCUAUCUCGUAUGAUGACGUAUUGAUCAAGCCCGAUUUGGAAGAAAUUCACCUCGAAGGCAACUAUCUGACCGUGCAGGAGAGCGGACUGACGCCUGGAUUUUGGGCCUUGAUAGUCACCGUUGCCAUCCUGACGAUUGUCAUUGGUGUUGCAGCCUUCAUGUUUAUCAAAUUCAAACAAAGACGUAACGUUGGUGGCGUCGCGGAAGUUAAAAACGAAACAAAGUUGGAACCGAUUUACUGCGAGAUCACGGAAUGUGCAGCGGAUAUUGUACCGAAUAAUGACGGAAACUUGUACUCUGAAGUGAAAGAAAAUAUGUAUGCCAACGACGAGGCACUUAAAACCCUUAGAGAGGAAUCAGAAUAUUUGGAAGUCUUGAAGUAGUUAAACUGUGAUGUAACAAAAAAGGGGGAAUCGCUUCUUAAGGUCUUGACAUUGCAUCGUCAAUUAGUUUUGUCCCUCUAAAAACAUAAUAAAACCAUUUUACGAGUAAAAGUACAAGGUUGUUGUAGUGGACAUCUAAUAUUUUGGUUAUGAUAAACACUCUAAGGAAAUGGUAUGAAUGUACAUCCUCUCGAUUAGUGUGCUUGGGGAAUCCUAAUCUGGUGGUAAUUCUUCUGUUUGGUUAAAAAAUUUCCUUUGGUAGAUUUUAAAAUCAUUUACCAUAAAUGUGGAUAAUUGUGGUCAAAAUGUGGUGGUUUAUAAAUUUGUAGACAAAUUAAAUUAUAGUACUUUCAAUUAGCA